UGAACAAAGGACAGUAUGAACAUGAAAGAAAUUUUCAUCCUUCUACUGAAUCUGUAUUUGGUCUUCAGUGUCCCAGCUAUUCGAGAGAGUGUCCCUAUGCAGAGCCUGAACUGCUACAAUGACUACAACUCACAGCUGACAUGCACUUGGAUGGAGCAUUCAGAGGCUCAUGCCCUCGUUGGUAUGGUUCUUUACCAAAGGGAUAAUAUUAUAAUGGAGAAUAAAGAGAUGCUUUGCAAACGCCAGACAGAAAAUGACUCACAUGAGACUUCAGACUCCUAUGUGCUCUGGGUUUGUCACAACACUACAGACAAUUUUGGAAUAGGGGUAGAUGAUAUUUACAGCUUCAAACCUAACAAGAUUCUUCAAGCAGAACUAAACGUUGAUCUUUUCCAGAAUGUUCAGACCCUCCCACCUCAAAACCUCUCAGUCAACUUGACGAGAUCAGGAGACUUCUUGCUGACCUGGAAAGCAGCUGAUGGAAGCCAAGGGCUGGGCAAUGCCCUGGAAUAUGAAGUCACUUACAAGCGGGAGUGGGAGUCCUGGGAGAAAGCUGUCUCGCUCCUUCUCUCCAACACCACAUGUUGCCAUCUCAGUCACAAGGACCUUGUCCCAGGGAGCAGCUACAUUGCCCGUCUGCGAGCCAGGCCAGGGAGGGACAGUGGCUUCUUCGGGCAGUACAGUGAGUGGAGCACAGAGGUGUCAUGGAAGACCCCUGAAGGAGGCCUUCAGCCCAGGAACCUUCGCUGCCUCUUCAAUGGUGCAGAUACCCUGACGUGCAGCUGGGAAGUGAGGAAAGCAAUCAUCACGUCUGUCCUAUUUGGGCUGUUCUUCCGGGCCACUCCAGCAUCAGUAGAAAAGGAGUGCUCUUCUCUACAUGAGAAGGCUUUGCCCAACAGCCUGUAUGUCGUCCAGAGCUGUGAGAUCCCUGUGAGCAACUCCACCAGUCAGAGCCAGUAUCAUGUGUCUGUCCGGGCCAAGACAGAGGAAAAACUCAUUGAAGCUUACAAGAACAUUAAGGUGCUGCCACCUACUAAUGUGUCAGUAACAGUGACAGAGAACCGAGAGUAUGAACUGAGGUGGAUAAAACACACUUUGGCAUAUAGCUUCAUAACACAGAGAUACCAAGUCGAGUACUGGAAAAACAACCAAUAUGAAAAGACUCUCCAGAAAUUACAUAUCAGCAAUGAUGAACCUCCCUUCACCUUCACCCUGCAGAUGCUGGCAUCAUCUACAGAAUAUAGGGGGAAAAUGCGUGCAAGGGUGAAUACACCUCUGGACUAUGAGGGAACUUGGAGUGAAUGGAGUGAGGAGUUCACUUGGAAGACUGAGAAUGUUCUGCCACCAGUGCUUCUCCCAAUGAUGCUGCCAGUUCUCAUCAUCACUUUGCUAAUGGCUGCUUACUGCAGCUAUAAGUAUUUCCUCAGGAGGAAGCAAAUGUGGGAGGAAAAGAUUCCAAACCCCAGCAAGAGUCUCCUGAUCCAGAGCUACCUGCAGAAAGUACAUUUAGGAAACUGGCCAGCAAGCAGCCAGAUGGACUUCAACAAAUGCAACCUUCCAGAGAAGAUGGAGCAGGCUAGCUUCCUCCAGGUUGAGGACAGGCAUACGAAGACUUUGGCAGAGUUUCUUGAAGGGCAAGCUACAAAGACAGAUGGUUCUCCUGUUGCACUGGACCUACAGAACUCAUACCAUGCUUUAAAUGAGCCAGAGCAUACCCCAGCUGUCUGCUCCAGCCAGAUUGCUGGACGUUCCUUUCCUGUUUCAAGGAGAAACAGUGCUGAUGCAAGUAUUACUUCUAAGAGAGCAAUCCCUUGCUUUGCUUUCAAUGGUCCCUACUUGUACAGCUCAACGAUGUCUUCCCAGCCUGAUACACACCAAACCCUGGCAGUCGAUCCAGUGGGAGCCCGUGAGAAAUCAGUUUCCCUUCAGUAUGUGACCCUCCCAAUAGAAGACUGCCCUCAAGAACAGCCAGGAGCAGGUCUUCCACAGCACUUUCUGCAUCCAGAUCAGAAGGAAAUGGUUCAGCACCCUGGCAAUGAUAAAGGAGUCUCACUGACCCCACCUGCCUGUGGGAAAGGAAAGAAUGUGAGAACGGAAGAGCAGAAAUCUCCAAAAGCUCUCAGCUGUAUUACAUCUCCUCAGCAGCACCCCUUGGAGUACAUCACCACAGAGAAACUCCUGCUGCCAUCAGCCAAUGAUUCCAUACAUCCAUCUCUUGUCACUGCUGAGGAGUUAUCUUGUGACUCACAGGGGCCCCAGCCCAAAAAGGACCACUCUUGCCAUGAGUUUUCUCCUGGGAAAACUGGUGUCAUGGUCCCAGUUUCAGAUCAAGGACCAUCUUCUUCUGAAUUUUACCUGGACACAUUUGGAAACUAUCUUACUGUCCCUUUAGGUGUCCAUGGACAUUCAGAACCCACAAAGAUGUCUUUGCCUUUCUUACAGAAGGGAGGUGAUCUUCCUAGAAAGCAGCCUUUGUCAGAGGAUAACUUGGUGGUGUUAAACCCUGACAGCACUGAGCCAGUUUUCCUCUGCCAGGUUGGUGACUAUUGCUUCCACAGCCUAAAAUCCAGUGCAAAGAUGGGUAGUAGUCAGGAAGAUCAUCAAGUAAAGAAACCUUCUGAAGGCAAGACAACACCUAGGAAGCCUGUAUCUGAUGAUGAAUACAUCACUGUCAAGGAAAAGGAUGUAUCAAAAAUGCAGGCUAUCCAGCUUUUCAAAAACCUGAAAUCAGAUGAUUACUUUUCCUGGCAGCAGUCUUUGGGGAUCACAGAAAUCUGUUAAGUGGUCAGAUAUUAAUGAAUAUCAAAUCUAGAGGAAAGAGGUUGCAACUAUCUGAUGAAAAUUAACCUUCAAACCUAGGAACAAGCAAACACCAGUUCCCUUUUACAACCUCCAGUCCAACAUAUUGACAGACUUGAAGUAUUGUGUACAAUACUGUAUAUUAAUAUUCAGUAUUUCAUAUUCAUAUAUAUAUGAAGUAUAUUGAAGUAGCUCAGCAUUCUUCUCAGUGGUCUUCGGAGAUUUGGCAUGAAAACAAAUCCAAAUAUUGCCCCUUGGUGUUUUUCAAAAUUUGUGGCUCAUCCACAAUGAACAGUUUGGUGUCCUCAAGAUUCUGAGACAAAUCACAGUCACCUUGCAAGAAUACCAGGUUGCCCAAGGAAAAACUCAUGGCAGGAAAUACAGAAUUAACAGUGUGAAAUGUUAUCAGAUGACUGGCUUGGAAAACUUGUAAAGAAAACAUGUAUUCUUAAGAGGAAUUUUGUUGAAUUUUUAUUUCUGUGUAAAAUAGAUGAGAGUUACCAAGGAGCUUUCAUAUC